AUGGAUUCCCGUCAACUACACAUCGCUGUCCUUGACACGGAUAUUCCCUGUCAGCGUGUCUACGCCAAGCGAGGCCUGUACAGCUCGCAGUUCAGAUCCCUCCUGUCUGCCGCCGCAAAGCGAAUCAAUGCAAGCGAAUACAAGCCAGCGUCAGAAUAUCUCGGCGUCCAUGUCACUGCGUUUGACAUAGUUGGCGACUCGCUGCCACCCUACGAGGGCUUGCGAGUCAACGCCUGGUCUUCCGCGGAGAAACAAUCUCCUGGAUUUCCAGGACCCAUUGACGCGAUUCUGGUCACUGGCGCUGCAGCGGCAGUAUAUGAUGACUUGCAUUGGAUUCCUGGUCUGAAAAGCUACCUGCAAAAAGUGUAUUCGGGCUAUCCACUAGUCAAAAUAUUCGGGUCAUGUUUCGGCCAUCAACUGAUAGGUCAAGCACUACUCGCAAGUGACAAUAUCUAUACAUCUCAAGGAUCUUCUUUCAAGGUCUCCGUUGGAUUGUCUUCACAUGGUCACGAAAUCGGCAUUCAUCCUAUCGCCUUGAAUCCGGCAUUUGUUUGCAACUUCCCACCCCUGGCGCGGUUUUCGCAACAACCAUUUCGCAUGCAACUCAUUCAUGGCGAUGCAGUACUAUCUUCACCGGAGUCUUCUACUGAUUCGGAAGCCCUUCUACCCGAGCCGUGGCUCAAUAUGGGAAGCAGUCAAAUCUGCCCGAUACAAGGUCUCUACCAGCCUGGUCGCGUUCUCACAUUCCAAGGGCAUUUCGAAUUUGACGCCUUUGCCACGGCUGAGCUAUGUCGCAAAUUUGCUGAUUCGUUUCACUGGUCUCCGGUCGUGCUCGCUUCUCAUUUGGCAAAUAUCGAGCGCUCUAUAGUCCCGGGAAAGGACGACGAUGAUGAUUCUAAAGCAGCCGCGGAAGCAGUCCUUUUGUUCUUUGCCGGAUCGGACCAGUCAUAA